AGUGACAGACUAAUACCGUCUGCGGCGCCGCGUCCGCAGAGCCUCUGGGCACUCGCUGCCAAAAUAGUUUCAAUAGAAUGUUAGUCUAAUGAAACGCCGCUCGGGACUGAGAGUAGCGAACUCGCACACACACGCGCGCCCGCGAGCGAAUAGCAGCUGGGAAUUAUACGCGAACGUGUGCGCGCGUAAUCGAAUGAAAUUCACCGCGGCGUCGAACUUGUACGUGCAGAGCGCGCCGCGAGAGUGGCGGCGUCGAUCCUUUAGCUUUUUUUAUUUCGAGAAUUCGGUUGCGCGCGCUCUGGCUCAUUACCGAGAGCUAUGCGCUAUUUGUAGUGGCGAAGGGGGGAAGAAACGCGCUGGUCGCGGUGAGCAGAUCGGCGCCUCUUCUUGCGGGACGGGAUUGGCUUUUUGGUGCUGCAGAUUGUUUGCUCGCUUUGAUUGCGUCGAAUAGUUUGAGUUUGGAGUAUUAAUUGACGCUGUUUUUCGUGUAGGCUGUAAAAUACUGUUAUAAGUGAAUUUUUUGUGAGCAGUUUUUUAUUCCAAGAAAAUAUGCCGCAGACCGCGUGUUGAAUAAACAUAUUUCAUGCUUACAGUUUUUCACUCUCAAUGCUUAUCAAAGGCCAGCUUUAUCGAUAUUUAAUGCUCGACUCUACACGUUUUCAUAUUCCAUAAAAACAAAAGAUAAACGGUAUAUAAAAUCUAGACUUUAUUUCGAACAAUAUCAGUGCGAACUUUAAUUUACUAGCGCUGGAAUUCUGGAAGCUUGGAUUGUAAAAUCGCCAAAAUGAAUUUCGCUCACGUUUUGAUUUUUCUCGCGCAGAUAUACUACUCAUCGUCGACUCCCUUCAAUCAGAAGUCGGAAAGCUCCUGCUUGAGCGAAUUGACCAAGUGCAAAAUACCCGCAGGUUUUAGAGUCACACGCGGGAUUGGAGCUUACAGAUAUUUCGAUACGCCCAAAAAUUGGAACAUCGCUAGGAAGAGUUGCACGAACUUUGGAGCUCACCUAGCCGUCAUAAAGUCGAAGAAAGAAGAAGAUGACGUACGCAGUAUAUUGAAUGGCAAACAAGUGAAAGACGCAUGGAUUGGCUAUCACAACCACUUUGCUCACAACGAAUGGGUCAGCAUAAUGGACGAGUCUCUCGAGCGUAUCGGCUACAAAAAUUGGGGCAAAGAAGAGCCGAACAACGCGAAUGGAAAUCAACACUGCGUAAAAUCGACACCACUGGGUUGGGACGAUUACGAUUGCAGCGAAGCGCUUCCGUUCUUCUGCAAGGUAGAUCUGAACUGCCAAUUGUGAUCAUCAGCCUGUGAUUUUCGCUUGUCGAGAGACUGGGCGCACGGAUAAAUACAAAAUUUAGAACUCGA